UGACUCAGUACAGGGUGUGUACACAGGGCUUAAACCCCACAGAGUCUCCAGGCAAGCACUGACUCAGUACAGGAGGUGUACAUAGGGCUCAAACCCCACAGCGUCUCCAGGCAAGCACUGGCUCAGUACAGGGUGUGUACAGAGGGCUUAAACCCCACAGCGUCUCCAGGCAAGCACUGUCUAAACAAACAACAUAUAUGAAUGCGUCGGAAACAGUGGGAGCGUUUGGUGGAUCGGUCUAUGUCGUUGGAAAUGUAGACUCUCAACAGUCGUUGCAGAUUUCAUGUCCUAAACUUCAACUGGACAGCUCCAGGGCGAACACGUGGCAAUGCCACGUCAACACAGACGGCGAGCUGGUCAACUCACCGCCGGUCGGACGCCCACUGGAGCAGGAUAGUGGCAGACUGUGCAAGUACCGGGGCACCUGCAGCUCCACCCCUAUCCUUGUGACUCCUUAUUCAUCCAACCUUGACUGCGUCUCUGCCGCCCCCCGGUACUGGGAAACACAGACUGAUGUGACGGUGGAGGUGGGUGUGGGAUGGCCCGCUGUUGAAAUGUCGGUGGUAGAGAAGAAACAGGUGGACCGGAAUGUGUGGACGUGUUACCAGCCCCGUGCCUGGAGUAUCUGUGUUGUGGACUGUCCCCAACAUCGGGGCUUCUGUACCCGUGUUUACGAUGAAGGCCGGCACAUUCUCUGUUCAACCAACACUCUGUCUGGCGUCCCCGGUACGCAAACCACGCUCUCAUAUGGCGUGGUGCUGGAUGUCGGGGGGAGAAGGCUCGCGUUCAUUGAUCUCAACAAUAACGCCGUUUUGGCUAAAUUUUAUGUCUCGUUCACAGAAUUACUUUAUCCGAUGUUCGGAGUUGGGUCCAGAGAAUGCAAUUACAGUGUGCAGAUGAAGUUGGUCAGUGGCGAGAACAUUGAAAUGACCGACACAAAGAAGGCUCUCAUCUAUACAGCACUCACGUAAACAAAAGAAGCUUCUUUGAGAGGCAUUUUAGAAGUUUGGAAGUACAAUAUUGACAAGCGUGCGGCGUUUCGAGACAGAUUCUUUUACUGUUGUCAGGCACUGGCGAAAUAAAGGAAAUUGUAAUCCAUAAAUUGCUUUCCAUAUUUCACAAAAGAAGGACAAAUCUACAACGCUUUCAAUAGGACUUUUCUGUUUAAACACGUAAUUCAGCGAAUAGAUAUAUGGAGAAGGGGUGUUCUUGUGGCAAAUGUUCAUGUCAGGCUAUCUGAUCCAAUGUUUAUUCUGGGCUAUCGAAUCAAAUGUUCAUUCUGGGCUAUCGAAUCAAAUGCUAUCGAUCUUGCAAGUGGUGUCAUCAUCAGUCAAUAGGUAAGUUUGAUGUGACCCCGUUUCUAUAUUGUAAGGUUGAUUAGUAAAUCAAAUUAACAAAUUAGACCAAAUUCUUUCAUAAUACCAACA